UGUUAAACUGUGUUAAAACUGUGUUUCAACAAUAAAGAUGAACUUAAAAAGAAGGAACUGUCAAACAAACUCAGUAGGUUUAUUUUAGAGUAACUGGUGAAUGAGCUUUAGGUUUCUUCACUCAAUCCAAUGAAUGAAUUUCAACAUUUUGACAGUUUCUUGAGAACUACACAGAAAGGAUGAUAUGUCCCAGACCUAAACUCACUCAUUUGGUAUAGUUCUCUAGCUCUCUCCUUAAGAAAGGUGAUCAUACAUCCUUUUUUCCAGGAUAUGACCUCACUUUGUGACCUAUAAAUGAGGCCAGAAUUUGCAAAUUGCAUAAAAUGCCCAGAAUUUGUCUUUGCUUCCAUGUUGCCAAUUGCUUUCUACAGUCGCCCUCCUGUGCCCAGUAUCCCCUUUUUAAAGACUAAGUUAGCUAAGUUACAUUCCCUUUUCAACACGAGUGACCUUGCCAUCUUCAGGGUUGCAGCCUUUUAGUGUUCUGAUGCCUGUUAAUAGAAGCAAAACACGGACACAAAUACUGGCUCCUGCAUUUGCAGAAGUAAAGAGAAAAUGAAAGUAAUGAAUCCACGUGACUUCUGGUAAACACAAAUCUAAAAGCUCCUCUGGAAUUCUCUCUGCAAGGGUGAAACUACAUUGUUCCUCUUUUGUAAACCACACCUCUUUCAGGAAGGUGCCAAGUUUGUAGACUCCAGCUGGUUUCUAAAAGUCACCUUCUCCUGUUGGUGAACGCAAGCCUGGGAAGGGCACAACUGUCUGCUUAGCCGCACCCGAAACUUAAAGGUAUUAACAAAGUAACUCUGACACAACAGGAAGGGCUGAGAGUCAGGAGGCUCGGUGGAAGACUCUGAGGGGGUCUUCUGAGUACUGUGUUGCACAUUUGCAGGCACUUCUCUGCUUCUUGAUUGCUUCGACAUCCAAUUUCAAGGAGGACAACAGAUCCAAACGAGCAGAUCUUCACCCGAAAGGAUGAACUUCCUAAAGGAUUCUUUGCUCAGAUUUGGACGAAUGACACAGUCAUCUCCUCUCCACGCUACGGUACCUGUUACCUUCAUCCUGAUGGGAGCUGAAAAGAUGAUGGAGUUUGAGUUCUCUUGCCCGUGUGAUCCUCGGUUGAACUUAAGCCUGGUCUCCCUUACGUUCAGUGUGCCUACUCUGCUUGUGUUCACCAUGAUGCUGAUUCUGGCGAGGCCUUGUAAAUACACCUGCGGAUGCUGUUCAUGCAAAAGGUUUGCAGAGUCUUUCCUUGCUUGCCUGAUUCCACCAACCGUGUGGCUUAUUUUGCUGUUUCUGGAUGGCCAGUAUUUGGCCUGUGGGAUGACAUACUGGAACGGAAUUUAUGUGUCGGAUAUGGGCGAUCCUCCGGUGAGGUGGUGUGAACCUAUUAGCUCAAAUAAAAUAAAAGGAAGAAGACAGCACCAAGAUUUUGUAACAUAUUCAAAGAUUGUGGGUUAUUUUCUGCUGUUUGUCAUCUGCCUUGUAACCGUGUGUGCUGUGUGUUGCUGGGACUGCUGUCAUCCAAAAGAGCAGGAUGUGGAAAAAGUAUCAGAUGGUAAAACACGUCAACAGUGAAGCAGAAGCGACGGUUCCUUGACGGAUCCCAAUGGGUCCUUCUGCACUGGCCCUGCUUGACCACCGUACAGCCAAUUGUUUGUGCCAUUCAACCUGGAAAAAUCCUGAUCUGGAUGUUCCGGAGACUUUAAUGAACAGUCAGCUGUCACAGUCCUCACACUUCUGUCAUGAUCUGCAAUGAGCUUCAUCCCUGUGACCCCCCUAUGAACUCUACACUGUACUUCAUCCCCACCAUGUUAUUAUAUUUAACAUCCAGAAUUAAAUGAGUUACAAACUCCAUAUUACAUAAACUAUAUUUGUUUAUCAUUCAUCUACACACAGCUGUUCUGAUUUUGGGCCGGUGACUUUAGAUAUAAAUAAACCAA